AUGCCAAAAAUAAAAUUUUUAAGUUUAAUUUGUUUGACAGCUUCUUUUUGUUUUUUAUUAUAUUAUAUUUAUUCUACUAAUUUUAAUGAUGAAUUACAAAUUUUGAGAACUCAAUUUGAAUUAAAAAAUCAACAAAUUUUAAUUUUGAAAAAUGAAAUUAAUGAUGCUCAAUCUCAAUUAAAUAAUUUGAGGAAUUCGGAAAUUGAAUGUAAAUCACAAAACGAGGUUCUUUUGGGACAACUUAAAGCUGCCGAAACAAAAAAUGACCAACAAAACAAGCCUGUAAAAGAAGUUCGUAUCCAACCACUAAAGAAUAAUAAACAUCCAGCAAUUAAUGCAAUUAAAGAAUUGGAUUUACAACAUUCGGAUUAUCCCAGACUUACAUUAGAAGGAAAUUUUGUUCCAACCAAUUUGUGGAUGCAUUUUGAUUUUAAAGGAGCUCCUCCUAAACCUUCAUAUUUUAUUUCUUUAUUACCUCUUUUGCAAAAUAUGGGGUUUAAUGGAUUACUUAUUGAAUGGGAAGAUAUGUUUCCCUAUAAAGGAAGACUUGCCAAUGCAAUUAAUGGGGAUGCUUACACAAUGAAUGAAGUAGAGAAAAUGCUUGCUGCAGCAAAAGAAUAUAAAUUUGAAAUAGUCCCUUUAGUACAAACUUUUGGACAUUUGGAAUGGAUACUUAAAUUAAAUGAAUUUAAACAUUUGAGAGAUGAUCCUUUGUAUCCACAGGUUAUUUGUAUCGGUUCAGAAGAAUCAUGGCAAAUUAUAAUGGAUAUGAUUAAUCAAGUUGCUAGUGUACAUAAACGUUUUGGAAUGAAUUAUUUCCAUAUUGGUGCAGAUGAAGUUUUUAAUUUUGGAACUUGUAAUGAAACAAUUAAUUUAAUUCAAAAAUUGGGAAGUAGAGAUAAAGCAUUUUCUUGGCAUGUUUUUAGGACUGCUAAUUUUGUUAAAAAACAAUUUGCUUCUUCGACAACAAUUUUGGCUUGGCAUGAUAUGCUUGUUCAUAUGUCAGAUAGAGACUCUGAAGCUUUUAAUUUGAGUAAAAUACUUGAACCAAUACUUUGGUCAUAUGCCGAAGAUCUGGAUAUGUAUUUGCCUUAUUCUGAUUGGCUUGCUUUGAAAAAAUUUGAGAAAGUUUGGGGUGCUUCAGCUUUUAAAGGUGCAGAUGGCCCAAUGCGUUUCUAUUCAAAUCCAAUUCAUUAUAUUCGCAAUCAUGAAGCUUGGAUUGAACAAAUGACUAAAAUUUAUAAAGAAUUUGAUAGAUUUCAGGGUCUAAUAAUUACUGGUUGGUCUCGUUAUGAUCAUUUAGCCGUCCUUUGUGAAAUGCUCCCAGUUGGAAUACCCACACUUUCAAUGUCUGCAGAAACAAUACUCGCUGGACGUCCCCUAGAUGGACGUUAUGAAAAAACUUCAAAAUUAUUGCAUUGUGAUGCUCCAUAUAAACCUGGAUUUGCUUAUGGUUGUGAAUUUCCUGGAAAGAGGGUCUACGAAUUAAUUAAUGAAUAUUCAACUUUUAGUCAACAAUUAAGAAAAUAUAUUGAUACAGAUUUUGAAUUUAAUGGUUGGGUAUCUAUUCUGACAGAAAAUUGGAAUUCUUCUUCUCCAAUGUAUAUUAAGAAAGUGUUAACAUAUAUAAAUUAUUAUUUACAACCACUUGAAAGAAUUGAAAAUGAAUUGAGGCAUGAAUUAAAUUUAUAUUUCUAUCCGGAAGCUGUAGAUGAAUUUAUAUUGACUUAUAUGAGUAAAGAUUUGGAAUUAUUUAGAAGAAGAGAAGAUGCGGCUCAAAAAAUUUUGAAACAAAAAAUAUUUCCAAAAAGGCCAUUUGUUAAAUAUCCGGCAGCAGCAGCAAAAAAGAAGAAAAAUAUUGAAAAAAAAUUGAGAGAUAUUUAA